AAGCAGUCGGCCCUGAAGUUCACAACGGCAGUGACAGCAACUGGACAAGCAGGCUCCCAGCUGUCCAGCCCUUCAGAUCUGCCUGAGAGGACCUACCUGGGUUGCCACCGACCAGCCCUUGCCCCAGAAUGGGGACCACGUCCAGAGCAGCCUUGGUCUUGGCCUAUUUGGCUGUUGCUUCUGUAGUCCCAGAGGGAGUUUCCAAGGCUCCAGGGCAAAGGGAGCUGGGGGCAGAGCACCUCCUUCAAGAAGCUGGCUAUGCUGCACCCCCUUCCCCACCCCUGAGCCACACUCUCCCCAGGGAUCCCCCUGACACUUCUCAGCAGAGCCCUCACUUUGAGGGACAGAGUGAAGGUAAGUCUCAGUUUGACCUCCAGGCUUCUGGCCUACUUCCUGCUGUUCUGUUGCAGAGGGGCCGAGGGGAGGUUUGCUCACACACUCCUCCUUCUGUAGUGCAGCCCUCUUCCUCUCAGGAAGCCAUCCCAUUCCAGCAGGAGGAGCUGACCCCUGCUCAACUCCCUGCGGAAAAGAAAGGGGAUCCUCCUCUCCCUCAAGAAACUGUGCCCCUCCAAAAAGAGCAGUCCCCUCUCCAGCUCCCUACAGAACAGAAGGAAAAAAAGCCAUCUUCCUUCAUGGAGCACAGACCCCCAGAGCCUGAGUCUUGGAAUGCAGCCCAGCACUGCCAACCGGGCCGACCCCGUGGGGGCUGGGGCCACCGGCUGGAUGGCUUCCCCCCCGGACGACCUUCUCUGGAUAAUCUGGACCAGAUUUGCCUUCCUAAUCGUCAGCAUGUGGUGUAUGGUCCUUGGAACCUGCCGCAGACUGGCUUUUCCCACCUUAGUCGCCAGGGUGAGGCCCUCAAUUUGCUGGAGACUGGAUAUUCUCGAUGCUGCCGCUGUCACAACUACAUACACCGCUUGGACUGUGCAAAACUCGUGUGGGAGGACGCAAUGACCCGGUUCUGUGAGGCCGAGUUCUCGGUCAAGACCCGACCCCACGGGUGCUGCAAACGGCAGGGGGAGGCUCGAUUCUCCUGCUUCCAGGAGGAAGCUCCCCGGCCACACUACCAGCUCCGGGCCUGCCCCAGCCACCAGCCCGGUAUUUCCUCGGGCCCCGAGCUGCCUUUUCCCCCUGGGCCACCCACACUGGACAAUAUCAAGAACAUCUGCCACCUAAGACGCUUCCGCUCCGUGCCACGCAACCUCCCAGCUACUGACCCCAUCCAAAGGCAGCUGCACGCUCUGACCCAGCUGGAGGGGGAGUUCCAGCGCUGUUGCCAGCAAGGGAACAACCACACCUGUACAUGGAAGGCCUGGGAGGAUACCCUUGAUGGAUACUGUAAUCAGGAACAGGCUACAAAGACCCACCACCACUUGUGUUGCCACCACCCUCCUAGCCCUGCCCGCGAUGAGUGCUUUGCCCGUCAGGCUCCCUAUCCCAACUACGACCGGGACAUCUUGGCUCUUGACCUCAGCCGAGUCACCCCCAACCUCAUGAGUCAUCUCUGUGGCAAUCGAAGAGUUCUCACCAAACAUAAGCAGAUUCCUGGGCUGAUCCAGAACAUGACAGUCCGAUGCUGUGAUGUGCCGUUUCCAGAGCAAGCCUGCUGUGCUGAGGAGGAGAAAGCAGCCUUUAUCGACAACCUGUGUGGCCCCCGAAGAAAGUUCUGGCGAGACUCUGCCCAUUGCUGUAAACUGAGUCCUGGGGAUGAACAGGUCAACUGCUUCAACAUUAAUUAUCUGAGGAAUGUGGCUGUAGUGGCUGGAGACACUAGGGAUGCCAAGGGCCAGGGGGAGCAGGGCCCAACUCAGGGAACAAAUAUCAGCCCCACCCUUGAGCCCAAGGAAGAGUGAGUCACCCCAGAGCCUUGGAGGAUCAGAUUGGGGGAACCCCACCCCACCCCACCCUCCUGGAAUAUUCAUUACAGUAAACACCUCUUGGAUUUGGCCUCAUUAUUGUCUGUAACAUCACACACAAACACACCCUCCUAAGCCUGCCCAAAUUUUCUUUAGUGACUGGCCCCUGAGGCCCACUGCCCCACCCCCACUAACUGAGCAGAAGUUGUUCCACAGGCCAUUGGGACCAUAACUAAACAGCUUAACUUUAGUAUUUGUCGUCUUGAAUUUAUUCACAUAUUUAAAAGGAAUGUCACUUUGUUAUCUGGCUAUCAGAAUUCAGAUGUGAAAAGGAUAUGAUUCAUGUCUUUGGUGAGACCCCAAAAUGCCACAGCCCUGCCUGACAUUUUAAAAUCUUCACUUUUGA